CAAGAAAUGAAAGAUUCUGUUCGAGCAAAAAAUAACGAUGAAAGUACUAAAAGUGGUAAUUCUAGGUGCAGAAAAGGUUGGCAAAAGUUUAUUAUUGGACCAAUUUUUGAAAGCUGACGACCCAGUGCAAAAGAGAUCAGAUUGCAGCUCCUCAAAAGACGUAUAUAAUGUAAAUGGGAAAACAAUUCGCUUUCCAGAUGGUAUUCAUCGUCGGGUGGACUUUGUUGACACUUCGGAUCUUGACGAAUUUCCAGCCAUGAAGAGGGUGUACAUUGAAACUGGGAAUGCUUUUGUGAUUGUUUAUGCAAUUGAUGAUAAACGGUCUUAUGAAUUUGCCAAGUCCCUUUGCGAUGAAAUAUACAGCAUCAAAGGAAACUUGUUCACAAACAUCGUUCUAGUGGGCAAUAAAAUAGACACUGGGUCAAAAAGAAGAGUAUCCACAGCCGAAGCCCUAGCGGACAGUAAUCGUACAAAGCUGUUUUCCGAGACAAGUGCUAAACUCUGUGUAAAUAUUGGAUGUCCAUUCAUCAUUCUUUUCAACAACUAUCUGCAAAACUUCAAGCACAACAGAACUGACAUUCAAACGAGAAGAAAAACACACAGCAAAAGCGUGUCUUCACCAGUAGAAGAUGAAAGAGACGAACCAUUUAGAAUUCGUUUGAAUACGAUCUAGUAAUCCAGUACUUGCACAAUAAUUUUUUUCAUUUAUUUAUGUCAGAUUGUUUAACUUUAUUUGAGGAUUCUUGCAUGUUGUUGAAUAAAUCAUUUCACA